CACUUCCGGUGAUGGUGGUUCUUAACUGACAGCCGGGUGCUAAGAGAGAAGCUACUUUCAAAAGGCUUUUAACGUCUUUCCCAUUCACAACCUCGGUGCAUUUGACGGAAACUGUAAGCAGGGAGCCUGGUCUUCACAGUGGGGUAACUGUGGCUUUGUUGAAUUAAGUUAAAGUCAGCUGAGCGGAGCCCUGCCAUUCACGAGUAAGGCUCUUCGUGGCCACUGGUAAGCUAACGAAGAGGAGGGUGGGGACUAAACUUGCAAGACCUCGCCCCAGUCGUUGUUUCACUCUCUUGCUCACAGACAGCUAAUCUCCUGUCGGCGUGAGAGACCUCUCACGGCUUAAUUAGACAACCAGUCAAGGGGAGACCGACACAGCUGUGUCCACUGAAGGGUAAAAACCAGCAACCAUGUUCAGGAAGACCUUGAAGAAGGACCCCGAGCUGUUCCAGAACGUGUCGGAGGGGCUGCGGAAGCUUUACCGAACCAAACUGUUCCCGCUGGAGGACACGUAUCGGUUCCACGACUUCCACUCCCCGGCGCUAGAAGAUGCCGACUUCGACAACAAGCCAAUGGUGCUGCUGGUUGGGCAGUACUCCACCGGUAAGACCACCUUCAUCCGGCACCUCAUGGAGCAGGACUUCCCCGGUAUGCGCAUUGGCCCCGAGCCCACCACGGACUCUUUCAUCGCGGUGAUGCACGGCGAGCAGGAAGGGGUGAUCCCGGGUAAUGCCCUGGUGGUGGACCCCAAGAAGCCCUUCCGUAAACUCAACGCUUUUGGAAACGCCUUUCUCAACAGAUUCAUGUGUGCCCAGAUGCCCAAUCCCGUUCUGGAAAGCAUCAGCAUCAUUGAUACUCCUGGAAUCCUGUCUGGAGAAAAACAGAGGAUAAGCAGAGGUUACGACUUUGCAGCGGUGCUCGAGUGGUUCGCUGAGCGCGUGGACCGCAUCAUCUUGCUGUUCGACGCCCACAAGCUGGACAUCUCUGACGAGUUCUCCGAGGUGAUCCGAGCCCUCAAGAACCACGAGGACAAGAUGCGCGUGGUGCUGAACAAGGCGGAUCAGAUCAGCACUCAGCAGCUGAUGAGGGUCUACGGAGCGCUGAUGUGGUCACUGGGAAAAAUUAUCAACACACCUGAGGUGGUCCGUGUGUACAUCGGGUCAUUCUGGGCUCAGCCGCUGCUGGUUCCUGAUAACAGGAAGCUGUUUGAGGCCGAGGAGCAGGACCUGUUCUUGGACAUCCAGUCUUUGCCACGCAACGCUGCUCUGCGUAAACUGAAUGAUCUCAUCAAAAGGGCACGUCUUGCUAAGGUGCAGGCCUACAUCAUCAGCUCCCUGAAAAAGGAGAUGCCCAGCAUGUUCGGAAAAGACUCCAAGAAGAAGGAGCUGAUCGCCAAUCUGGGAGAAAUCUACCAGAAAAUCGAGAAGGAGCACCAGAUCUCACCUGGAGACUUCCCCAACCUUGCAAAGAUGCAGGAGCUGCUGAACGGCCAGGACUUCACCAAGUUUGCGUCGCUGAAGCCCAAACUGCUCGAGUCCGUGGAGGACAUGCUGGCCAACGACAUCGCCCGCCUCAUGGCAAUGGUGCGCCAGGAGGAGUCUGCUAUGCCGAGCCAGACCGUCAAGGGUGGAGCGUUUGAGGGAACCAUGACCGGUCCGUUCGGCCACGGUUACGGUGAGGGUGCCAGCGAAGGCAUCGACGAGCUGGAGUGGGUGGUGGGGCGCGACAAGCCUACGUACGAUGAGAUCUUCUACACCCUCUCUCCCAUCAACGGCAAAGUGUCCGGUGCAGCUGCCAAGAAGGAGAUGCUGAAGUCCAAGCUGCCCAACACGGUUCUGGGAAAGAUCUGGAAGCUGGCCGAUGUGGAUAAAGAUGGCUUCCUCGACGAUGAGGAGUUUGCCCUGGCCAAUCACUUGAUCAAGGUGAAGCUGGAGGGUCACGAGCUGCCGGCUGCGCUGCCCGAGCACCUCGUGCCUCCGUCCAAACGCGCAGGGACUUCGCUGCAAGAUUAAGGAGGUGGGCCGCGUCAACACUCAUGUUCAGGACUCUCAGUGCCAAACGUUCAACCACGAGCAUGAACAGCUUCGUCCUCCAUCAUGCUGCGAGUCCCCCAGGCUUCCUGACGCACCGGGACGAGGCGGCGUUUCACCAGAGAGAGACUGGAGUGUUUCUGGAGGGAGGAGGGGGGAGGGAGAUAUUCAGAUUUAUAUUUCGGGAGGUGAUGAAAGGACAGAAUGGGUUUAUGGAGUCAAGGGCCUGAAUGUGGAUUCAUGAAUCCUGUGUAAACAUGUCUAAUAAGUAUACAGUCCUAUUAUAGUAAGUUGAUCCAAAGAUAUAUAGUUUUGUUUUUCCAUUUGGAGAGAGAGAAAGAGGAAAUGAAUUGAAACAGCUGUUAGAAUUACUUUAUAUUUUUGUAUUUCCUGACUGUUAAACUUUUACUCUUUCCAAAUGCUUCCCCUUUUGUUAUUUUGCCAGAUGAAUGACAAGGAGUUCUGUACUGUGAGACUUGUGCUUCCUGAAGACACACUGAUUUACGGCGUGUUAGAAGAAAGCCUUAUUCAAAGCCUUUAAAGCUAAGAGAUAUUAAAAAAAUAAAUAUUUGCUGAAAAAAACUUGAA